AUGAAGGGCUACCUGAGGGCGGCCAAUGAGAUAAGACAGACAUACCAGGCACAGAUCCAGCAGAGACUGCAAGAGAGCGUUGGCGAUGGCGGGACGUCGAGAGAUUGGCCCGAUGUCGAGAUUGCAAGAAGUGAGAAUGAGGAGAUGCUUCUGUUCCCCAGCUAUGCGAGGCAUCACACGAGGCGGAGCAGCCGGUACGAUGACGCCCCCCGAUAUCCUCCUGGGACGCACGAGUCUGUGGAAAUGCCGCAUAGCAGCGGAGACGCAGACUAUUGGAAACGAGAGUGGGAAAAAUAUGAAGAUGCGAAUGCCAUCGUCGACGUGGAUGUUCGGGGAUGGAUCUAUUCUCCUCAACAAGGGCCUCUGAAUAGGAAGAACCGGCUUCUUGUGGCGGUUGCCAGGAGACUCAGUGGCAUCUACGCUCCCACCACCAGUCCCACGACCUCGCGUCCGUCGAGCCAAGCUCCUACCAAUCGCAUACCCCAGGACGACAGUUCGUCCAAGUAUGAGGACGAAGUCGCUGCAAAAGAAGCAGAGAAUAUUACCCGUCGCGGACAGCGAGAAGCGGAUGCAGCGGUCAGAGGGACUUACAGCUCGACUCCUUCCAGAGGAGGGACCCCUAGUGGUAGUCGAUCGAACUCGCCAACACGAUCCAUUGCAACGUCCGCAGACUACGACGACGAAGAUCCGGGUCGCCGAUCGAUGGUUAAGCGCCAAUCGUGGAAUGAACCGGCGAACAUGAGCAGGGAAGAGUUGUCGGCGGCGAACGAGUUGCUGUUGACCCGGCUGAAGCCUUUUAUGUCAAUGCCCACUGCACAUGCACGGCUGACGGUCAUCUUCUUCAACCAGGACAAGUCGACUUCGAAGUCCGUGACAACAGAUGAGUCAGGCCACUUCAAUUUGCGAGCCGCAUUGGAUUUUAUCCCUGACCAAGUCCGGGUCAUAGCCUCGGAUAAAUUGUCUGCGGUGGAAGAUGUUAUCGUCACCCAGAGUAAGGGCAUCAGUCUGGUGAGCGACAUUGACGAUACGAUCAAACAUUCCGGGAUCAGCAGCGGCGCGCGAGAGAUUUUCAAAAAUGCUUUCAUCCGAGAAUUGGGCGAUCUGACCAUCAAAGGCGUCAAGGAGUGGUAUUCGAAACUGUCCGUCAUGGGUGUUCAGCUCCACUACGUCUCCAAUUCUCCCUGGCAGAUGUAUCCCCUGCUGCGCAGUUAUUUCUCCCUUGCAGGACUGCCGCCAGGCUCGUUCCACCUCAAGCAAUACUCGGGAAUGUUGCAGGGGAUAUUCGAACCUGCGGCAGAACGGAAGCGCGGUUCGCUGGAUCGAAUCAUGAAUGACUUUCCGGAGCGGAAAUUUAUCCUUGUUGGGGACAGUGGAGAGGCAGAUUUGGAAGUGUACACUGAUGUUGUCCUUGAACACCCAGGACGAGUGUUGGGAGUGUUCAUCAGAGAUGUGACAACGCCGGUCAAGAAGGGGUUUUUUGAUCAGGCGAUAUCGAACACACCACCGGAUUCCAUGAUUGCAAGAGACGGCGGACGACUUAGUCGGUCGCCAGGAGACGUGAACUCUGAUGCUCCUGGGAACAGGCCGGCUCUGCCCGAGAGACCAAGAUCGACGAUGGAUCCAACCAUUGCAGAGGGAGACCUGAUUGAUUUCACGGACAAUUCGGAAGCGAAGCAAGGCUCGUUGAAGCCUCCUACGCACUUGAGUGACAUGCGCCAGCUGGACGCGAAUGGCAAACCCCAUGCUCCCAAUAAACCCAACAAGCCUUCGAGUCUGCGAAAUUUCUCCAUCUCGUCCCAAUCAACACCGCCCACGAACCAUGAGAGAUUAUCGGCGGCGUCCGAUACAGAGACCCAAGAGGCAGUGAAGAAGAGACCCCCGCCGCCGCCACCACCUAAACCCCGUCGGAGUGGACGGACGGCGGAUGCCAACACUGGACAUGCCAUGAGCGAGCCAACACCACAGCCUCUUUCAAGAGCUCCGUUCUCCUCCCCUCGUCAGAAUCAAAGCCAACCCCAGUUCCCCUCAGACCUUGGAAGGCAGACAAGUUCAAACUCGACUCCACCGUCUCUCACGCCUUCCGUUUCCCGCACGUCCACAUCUGCCAGCACUUCUUCGCGAAAUGACGACGGCUACGUGACCGUUGCUCGUCGGCAAAUCUCUUCCGCAUACAACGCGCUCCCAGCAAUCCGCGCAUCCUCACCGUCGCGCAGUGCAACCAUUUCGUCCGACCAAGGCGGCGGACCGGGCGACAACCGUCAAAAUCCACCACUGCCUGCACGAAGGGCCAUCUCAUCUUACCCAGCGGCGGCGGCACGAUGGGCCACGGGCUACGGAUAUGCGGGCUCCGAUCCCCUCGCAACUGGCAGCGAUGGGAGCGUUAUCCCGCCGCCUCCCGGAGCCAAUGCACCAUACGAUAAGAAGUUGGAGAUCUGGCGCAGACGAUGGGCUAGGGCAGAGGAGAUCAUGCAUUCGAAAGGGGUGGUGUUGAGGAAGUGGAGGGUCGGUGGAGAUGUCAUGGACGAGUGCGUCGCGUUGGUGCGCCGCGAGCUGGAGCGGCAAGAGAGCCACGAGCGAGAGAGGCACCACCACAACCGGUGA